GGUACAAUGUAUGAAACCCGUGAACACUUUCUCAACAUUCCACUCCGACAGACACCAUCUCCAAACUCACUACGCCCACACAGACUCAACUCAACACUACCUUCCAAUUCUCUUCAUCCCACCAUUAAAUUCAAAACCCUAUAUAAAUCCUCCCCUAAAUGCACUUCACAUUCAUCAUCAACCAUGACCAUCAUCUCCCUCCUCUUCACCUCUCUCCUCCUUCUCAUCCACCCAACCCCCUCCGCCUCCGACCACCACCACCACCCCCGCCGCCGUAGCAUCCAUCCACCGUCAAUAAAAAACACACCCUCUUCAUCCGAUCUAACCCAUCAAGCUUGUAGCGCUACAAGAAACCCACAACUAUGUGAAUCAUCACUCAUCCAUUACCCUACCGGAACUCCAACAGAAAUCAUUCAGUCCGCUUUAACCAUCUCCUCCAACAACCUCAAACAAGCCCAGUCAAUGUCACAAACUAUACUCGAAUCAGCAUCAGGCAAUAUAAACAAAACAACCGCCGCCAAAAACUGCAUUGAGCAUCUCAACAACUCAGCGUACCGUCUCAAAUCAACGGCUGACGCCUUGCCACGUGGCGAUUUAAAAAACGCACGCGCCUGGACCAGUGCAGGACUGGCGUACCAGUACGACUGCUGGUCCGCGUUAAAAUACGUUAACGAUACGAAAACAAUUAACGAAACGAUGUCGUUUCUGAACACGUUGAUCGGUUACACUAGCAACGCGUUGAGUUUAAUGAUGGCGUAUGAUGUGUUUGGGGAUAAAACGACGUCGUGGGCCCCGCCGAAGACGGAAAGAGAGGGGUUUUGGGAAGUUGGCGGUUCCGGCGGUGGUGCGCCGGAGUUAGGGGUUCUGGCGGGGUUGAAGGCUGACGUCACUGUGUGUAAAGGGGGUGGGUGUGAUUACGUCACGGUUCAGGAGGCGGUGAAUGCUGGCCCGGAUUGGGGGUAUGACCGGCGGUUUGUGAUUUGGGUGAAAACCGGGGUUUAUGAGGAAACGGUUCGGGUCGGGCUUGAAAAGGUGAAUGUAGUGGUUUUGGGGGAUGGAAUGGGUAAAACGGUGAUUACUGGGUCUUUGAAUGUUGGGCAACCUGGGCUUUCUACGUAUAACACUGCUACAUUCGGGGUUGUUGGUGACGGAUUCAUGGCAAGUGGUUUAACCAUAGAGAACACCGCGGGUCCGGAUGCGCACCAAGCGGUAGCAUUCCGCUCCGAUAGUGACCGAUCGAUCAUCGAAAACUGCGAAUUCCUGGGCAACCAAGACACACUUUACGCGCACUCGCUUCGCCAGUUCUACAAAUCAUGUCGCAUUGAAGGCAAUGUAGAUUUCAUAUUUGGCAACUCUGCUUCCAUUUUCCAAGACUGCAGCAUCCUGAUUCGUCCACGUCAGCAGAACCCGGAAAAGGGGGAGAACAACGCGGUGACAGCACACGGUCGGAUAGAUCCUGCACAGUCCACAGGCUUCGUGUUCCAAAACUGUUUGAUCAAUGGGACCGAAGAGUACAUGAGGUUAUACAACAGCAACCCGAAAGUGCACAAGAACUUUCUUGGAAGACCUUGGAAGGAGUUCUCAAGAACGGUGUUCAUCGACUGCAACAUGGAGGCGUUGAUCACGCCGCAGGGGUGGAUGCCAUGGACGGGUGAUUUUGCGUUAAAGACGCUUUAUUACGGGGAGUUUGAGAAUAGUGGUAAGGGUUCGGAUUUGUCGGGGAGGGUAGCGUGGAGUAGCCGAAUUCCGGCCGAGCAUGUAAAUGUAUAUUCCGUCGGAAACUUCCUCCAAGGUGAUCAAUGGAGUCUUACAUCUUUAUAAUUGUUGAUUUAGAUUUUUACAGUUAUAAAUAAAAUUAGAACAUAUCGAGCUUUGACUAGAA